GCGUCUGAAACUCCACUGGCUCCUUCCCUCCCAACUCCUCACUUCAUAGUGCUGCGUACUAAAAACAUCGGACGCUAGGGGAUCAAGACGCAUGCCACAUUGCCUCUAUGAGGGCACUUUAACAGAUCUUUCGGGGUUUUUUUCCCAGUAAGGGGUCUGUGGAGGGAGGACUUUUUUUAUUUCCAUUGUCUGAUGACUGUUUGCACGGCUGAUUAUUGAGCUGAUUGUUUAUUGUUUUAGCUGCUGUUGCCCGACGCCCUGCGCGUUCUUUCCUCCUUUUUUUGGAAUCGGCGACCUAUCCCGCGCUCACCAAUGUCCUAUCCUCAGGGUUACCUCUACCAGCCCCCGGGCUCUCUGGCUCUUUAUUCGUGUCCGGCUUACGGGGCCUCGGCUCUGGCUGCCCCGCGAAAUGAAGACUUGGCCAGGUCGUCCUCUGGCUCAGCCUUCAGCCCUUACCCUGGAUCGGCUGCUUUCUCCGCCUCCGCGGGUGCAGGCUUCUCCAGUCCACUGUCAUACUCCACGGAUCCAACUACGGGAUUCCCAUCUUACAUGAGCUCUCCGUAUGACGCGCACACAACGGGCAUGGCCGGGGCAUUAAGUUACCACCCAUACGGGAGUCCAGGGUACCCCUACCAACUCAACGACCCGGCUUACCGCAAAAACGCCACCAGGGACGCCACGGCCACCCUGAAGGCCUGGCUGCAGGAGCACAGGAAGAACCCGUACCCGACGAAAGGGGAGAAGAUCAUGCUGGCCAUUAUCACUAAGAUGACCCUGACGCAGGUCUCCACAUGGUUCGCCAACGCCAGGCGGAGGCUCAAGAAGGAGAACAAGAUGACCUGGGCGCCCAGGAAUAAGAGCGAAGACGAGGACGAGGAGGACGGGGACGGAGAGAGGAAAGAGGUGGAGCGCCCUGAAAAAACACUGGAUAACAGCGAGGCUUCAGCGGAGGAUGAAGGUAUCAGCCUGCACGUCGACACUCUGACAGACCACUCCUGCUCGGCAGAGUCUGACGGGGAGAAGGUCAGCUGUCGUGUGGGAGAGCUGGGCUCUGAGCAGGCCGGCGACAAAUGCGACGAGGACGGCGAGGACCAGAACCACGACCCGCGGGUUCAGCUCUCGCCCAAACCCGUCACCUCGUCGCCUCUUACGGGAGUAGAAGCACCAGUUCUCAGUCAUCACCAACACCGUCACCACCACCACCACCUCCAUCAUCUACACCAUCUCCACAGCCAGCGCGAGGAUUUGGCCCGGAACCUCGUCAACAGCAACAAUAUUAAUACCAAUAAAUCGUCUUCAUGCAUUGAUAGCAGACCUUCCUCGGGCCCGCCUCAGAACCCUACAGUCAAGCCCAAAUUGUGGUCACUGGCGGAGAUUGCUACCUCGGACCAAAAGCAGCAACAUCAGCAACAGCAUCUGGGGCAGCCAGGGCAACCAAAUUGCCCCUCUUCCAGCGGUGGCCUCCUUACGCCCCCCACGCCUUCCACCACCUCCCCGGCUGCCAGUUCCCCCUCCCUCUACCCGGCCCCCUCCAUUCUUGGGAGACCUAUUUAUUACACUUCUCCCUUUUAUAGCAAUUACACAAACUAUGGCAACUUCAGCCCCCUGCAGGGCCAAGGGAUCCUGCGGUACACUAACUCAUCUGGAGUGAGUCUGGCUGCUGCUGCAGCAGCAGCCGCCGCCGCUGCCGCCGCCGCUGCUGCUGCAAACGAGGGUCUGAGCUCCUCUCAUCAGGCUCUGGAGGCGAGCACAAACCCCAAACACAGGCCAGACUCUCCCCUCGUUAAAAAUAACCCAAACCAGAUUGUUGUUGUUGAGCAGCAGCAGCAGCAGCAUUUCAGACCCGCAAAUUUAGAAGCAAAGAAAGGUACGUAAUAACAUGCUGCGGUAGCCUACAUUGUUAACAGAGUGAUAACCAGUUUGAACACGUAUUUAAUCUGGUGUUGAAUCUUGAGAUUGUAUUUGUCUUAAACGCGGGAGGGAAAUCGCUCCACGGUGGAAGUAAAAUGAGUUCACUUGUUUCCAUGUGAGGUUAGGUUAGGGCUGAAUAUGAGACCAAGAUGGACAAUUUAAGCAAACGAACGUGUAGGCUACUAUGGCAUACGAUUCAUUUUCAGCGGAGUGUAUUUUCUGGAAUUAUCACUUAUAAUUGUUCUCCAUUUGUUUUAAAAGUUGCAUAUAUUGGUCUCAUUGAAUCAUAAAGUGUCAGGCGCAUUAGAAACCAGUAGAAAGCGCACUGCAAACAAACGUGCAAGAGUACACCUACAGAUAGAGACAUUAAAAUAAGCCCAUUAAGGAAAGGCCUCAAAUCAGCCCAAGCACGCGCAUCUGCAGAGACGCGCGUGCACACAAACACACAGUGGCAGCCUGAGCAGAGAAAUGUUGCCAUAGCUUUGAGCAGGAAUUCUAUUUUUAAUGUUUCCUCUAAUGUGUGUGUGUGUGUGCGCGCGCACAGUAGGCCUCAAACCUUAUCUUUCAUCUUAGGAUAAUUAUAAUUACACAGGGUCAGCCAAAAGCAAACAAAUCAGUUAGUUUGCUCUGUGCAUUCAUCGUGCAACUUUCCAUCUUCAAAUGUCACUUAGGUUGUUGUGGUGGUUACUUUUCUUGCGCACAUUUAAAGCUUUGCCUACAGGCCGCUGGGUAGUCUUUUUUUUUUUUUUUUUUAUUACCGGUAAUUAGGCAGUGGGGAUUUCAAUAAGCACUUGCAGUAUAGAGCUGUUGUGGGUAGAGCCAGCCUCAGCCUUUCUGGGUUUGUGGAGGGAGUUGAUCAUUUGAUCGUGUGGGAUUUCUAUUUCCAUGGUCUGCAGGUAGGUGUCACAAUUGCUUUGAGUAUAAAGCGAGUAAGGCCACCACCUUUUAACCCCAUGUUUUAACCCCCAUAACCUUCACUCCAAACCGGAUCUAGUGCCACCAUAUAGUCGGAAUGAAAGCUGUUACCGCUUCCUCAGCUCCACACAGGCUGAGACGUUCUCUGCAACACACACGUCUGUCAGAUCUGUAUUGUAUUAUUUCAGUUGUUUUGCUUUGAUGCAUUGUGGAUAAUAAUUCAUUAUGCAGGUUUGAAAAAGAUCUCCCAUUAUAUGUGAUUUACAUGUUAUUUCUCAGGUUCCUAUAGUUUGCUUAUUUGCCACGGUAUAUUAUUUUAGUAUAUAUUUACGUGUGGAAAACAUAAUUUGGCCUUUCUGUGAAACCGUAUUUGUCUUGGGACGCAAAGUGGACGGAACUGAAGUGAACUUGAGGACUGAAGUGAAUAGCCUACAUUUGAUAUUUAUUUUUUUAAAUGAUGGCGAAAUGAUGCCUAUAAUUUAUGCAAGUUGUAUUGCAAAAAUGGGAAACUGACAUCGUCUGUUUGUUUUGUAAAUAUAUAUAUUAUGGACGGUUUUUAUUUGAGACGCAUUUGGAAAAAAGCUACACAAUCUUGCUAUCAGGAGUACUUUUACUAAUUUAUAUCUUUGAAUGUAAAUAAAAUAAAACGCGCUGGUAUAGAUGUACUGGCGGGGUAUGAUAUUCAUUAUUCAAAGGAGAAAAUAUUAAACUGUUUUCCCAACUAUUA